AUGGAGUGGGCUCCAAAACUGAUGCUCCUCUGUGUCCUUUGCCUUUCCUUCACGUUUGAUGUCACCACAGAAACAAAAGGGCAAAACAAAGGAACCAAGGGAAAAAAGAGAGGGUCAGUGAAGGUCCAGGAGCAGCGCCUGCGGGCUCAGGAAUCCUCCCAUGACCCAGUGCUGAGAGUAAAUCCGGGGGCCUCCACAGACUUCAUCCUCCUAGAGGAUUACGAGCAGAGCAUCCAUGAGAUGGUGAACCAGCUGCAGAACAGCUCUGAGCCCCUGGAGAGCAAGUGCCAGGUCAACCUGAGACUCUGGAUGUCCAACAAGAGGAGCUUGUCUCCUUGGGCCUACAGGAUAAAUCACGACGCGGCACGGAUCCCGGUCGACAUCCCUGAGGCGCACUGCCUAUGUGCUGGAUGCAUCAAUCCCUUCACCAUGCAGGAAGACCGCACCAUGGUGAGCAUUCCCAUCUACAGCAAAAUCCCCGUGCGCCGGCUGCUGUGUGAGCCGAGCAAGCCCCCUCGGAAGAAAAGGUGCCACAAGGAGCACAAGAUGGUUAUGGAGAGCAUUGCUGUGGGCUGCACCUGCAUCUUCUGA